UGACUUAUACCACGUGAAUAGUCCUUUGUAGCGUCCUACGGCUUGCUAAUCAUACUACAAGGUUUCUACAAAGAACAUCGUGCUUCAUUUUAUAUAUAACAGUAUGGGUCGACCAUCAGCAGACUCGCCCACCAAAAGGAAGAGGAAACCAAAGGAUGCCAACAGGCCAAAAAGAUCAACAUCUUCAUACUUCUUUUUCUUGGCUCAUUGCAGAGCUGAGGCAAAAGUAACUGGCAAAAAUAUUUCAAAGAUUGCUGAAUUCACUAAAGAAGCUUCUGCACAAUGGAGGAGUAUGACCCCUGCGGACAAGAAGGAGUUUGACGAACGUGCUGCAAAGGACAAGGCAAGGUAUGACGCCGAAAUGGCAGUGUUCAAAGGAAAAGUAAUAGACCCCACCAAGCCAAAGAGACCACAGACUGCUUACUUCCUCUUUCUUGGAGACUACAGGAAAAAGAUGAAAAAUACUGACAUCGGUCAUAAAGAUGUCAUCAGGCAAGCUGGAGCAGAAUGGCGUCAACUGACAGAUCGUGAUAAAAAACCAUACGAGGAGCAAAGCCAAGUAUUACAGAAAAAGUAUGACGAGGAAUUAAAGAAAUGGAGAGAGGGUGGAGCUACAGGUGGUGCCAGUGUUGCAAAAGCCCGGCCGCCGCCAGUACCUGCAAACAAUGGAAUGGAUGAUGAUGAUGAGGAUGAUGAUGAAGAGGAUGAUGAUGAUGAGGAGGAAGAUGAUGAUGAGGAUGACGAUGAGUGAAAUUAUGAAUGUGCUAGUUAGUGACGAUGAAAAACACACUGUCAUUAUCAACCUGGAAUGGAGAUAUUGCAGAAUUUGUCUAAAUUUUAUUUGAAAAGAAACUGGUAUUUCAAACUUCGUGUCGUGUAUAGGUUUCUCCAGAUCUAGCCAAGUGAACAAUCAAAUAUUUCCUUUUGGAACACUGAGCAGCAUUGAAAGCAUUGCUUUAUAAACUUGCAGUAGUUGUGACUGAGAUUUAACUGCGAAAAAAAUAAAUGGCAAUGUUUUGUGUGGGAUGUAUUCACGGGCCAGGUACUUAGACAUGGAUUUUGUGGAGAGCGCUUAAUUUUAGAAUCUACAAAUGAAGGCAUUAAUUUUGCAGUGUUCAGCAUUUUUGUAAACUGUAUCGAGAAAUGCUGCCAGCUGAUCGUGAAGAAAAGUCCCUAUGGAGUAUUUGAACAAAUUAACAUUUAUUGUAGAUGCAGUUGAUAUUCAUUAUGAAAAAUUGUGCUGAAAUGACUUGGUUUUGUUUUCCCAUGAUUGUCUCCGACCAGUGUUUUUUUUUUAAGUAGUAUCCAUCUUGUCAUUAUUUUCAUAAAUUGGACAUUCCAUUCAGCUACCCAUUCAUUUCAUUUCUAUUUUAUUCCUGUGGAUUUUGAUUUUUAAUUAGAUUUUAAAGAAAUUAUCCUAAAUUUGUUGCUGCAGGUUGUAUGUUAUCUAGUUUACAAUUGGAUAUUACAAUUAUACGAUUUAAUCCAAGUUUUUGGAGGCAAAAUUAAUUCGUAUGGAAUUCGAAAAUUUUCUAUCGCAUGAUUUGUCUCUAGCUCAAUGUGACUAGGACGAGUGUAUUCUGAAAACAGAUUUCAUUUUUGCCUCCUUGUUUUUAAUCUGCUCAGGGAAAAGGAUCUUCAUGUUUAAAAAAUAAAUGUUCAUUUUUACAGCGAGCAAUUCUCUUUUGAAAUGUAAACAAGAAUUGUGGUACAGUGGAUGGAAUGUCAUCAAAUUUUCAUGUUCCAUUUUUCAUUGUCAUAGUGUUCAAUCUUGUUUACAUAUAUGCCUAAUCUGGUUUUUUAGGACGAGGUACUCGGCAUUGCCAGAUUUACAUAAAUAGUAUAUAUGUUGAUUGUCUAUAUAUAUAUGUAUAUAUAUAUAUACACAUUAUACCCCAUCAUGUCAUUGUAGAUUGAAGUCCGUAUCAUUUUAGUUGCAAACUUUUUACAGAAAAGAAACUUUUGCCCAUAUUUUUAUUGAUGUUUAGAAUGUUGAAGUAACCAUCAAGACUAAAUGUAUCUUGAGGUCAUGUCAAUAAAAAAAAGUGAAAUUGUUGGCAGCA